AUGCGCCUCCUCAACGUCCGCACGGGCGACGUGACGCCAUUCCCAUCCUCGUCGCGCCCACCACCCUACGCGGCGCUGUCGCACCUCCACGGGGCCGAAGAGAUCUCGUUCCGACAGUGGGCGACGCUGCCGCGCGCGACGCUAAAGGCGCGCGCCGCCUACUUCAAGAUCAAGCGGGCGCGCGUGCAGGCCAUCGCGGACGGGCUCGAGUGGGUGUUUGUCGACUCGGUCUGCGUCGACGGCUCGUCGCCCGCCGAGGCGUCCGAGGCCGUCAACGAGGCCUGGGCCGUCUUCGCCGGCGCGGCCAGGUGCUACGCCCACCUCGACGACAUCGCCCAGCCCGUCCUCGGCGCCAGCCUCGAGUCGGCCCUGCGCACGAGCCGCUGGUUCGCCAGGGGCUGGACGCUGAUGGAGCUGCUCGCCAGUGGGGAUGUCGUCUUUUACAGCACCGGCUGGGAGGUGCUCGGGACCAGGCGUGCGCUGGCGGGUGUCGUCUCGGCCCUGACGGGGAUCGAUGAGGGGAUCCUGGCUGGGAGGGAUGAGGUUUCUGCGGUGAGUGUGUCGAGGAGGAUGAGCUGGGCUGCUGGGAGGAAGACGAGCAGGGCCGAGGACGUGGCGUACUGCCUUUUGGGGUUGUUUGGCGUGAACAUGCCGCUGAUGUACGGGGAGGGCGGGGGGAGUGCGUUUAGGAGGCUGCAGGAGGAGAUCUUGAGGGCGCACCCCUUGGAUCACACAUUAUUCGCUUGGGGUGAGCGGAUCGUCAGGGAGAGGGUAGACCGGCUGCCUCAGGAGACCCUGCUGGACGAGACGGAGACGUUCAAGUGGAGAGACGAUCGGCAGCUGCUGCCGCUGUUGGCCGAUUCUCCAGAUCAGUUUGCCGGAUCUGCGGAUCUGGUGUCCAUGACCGUCGCAGCAGAGAUGUUUUACUACGGGAGUAACGUCGAAGUAUCGUCAGAAGGGAGAGAAAGCACCGACGCCGCGGUGCCCUCAGUUUCCGGACGGGGCGUGGUCAUCGAACUACCAACCACCGACCCAGAGGCGGUGCUAUACCCAUGGCGAGGGCAACACAGAAUAUCUCAACUCCGCUGGGGGAAGCUAGCGGUGCUGUUCUGCCACCGGAGGGAUGACCCGUACGAGCAGUUCGCCGUCGCCGUGACGCCCACCGGGCCAGCUUCCUACGCUCGCGCGCCGGAGCUCUUGGUGGGCAACUUCACCCAGCACAUCUGGCAGCGGACGUCAAGCACACGGAUGCUGGUGGGCCCAGACGCGGGCGUCCCGUCCCUCGCCCACGGCGACGUCGUGCUCCGGCGCUGGGUGGUGGGCAACAACGAGGAGCUCCUCUCCGGCUCCUUUCCGGGCGCGCCGAGCCAUCACUUCUCGAGCCAGGAGGGCAUCCUGCGCGUCAACGGCUCUACGUCGGGCAAGCUGCUGUGGUCGAUGUCGGCGCUAUCCGAGACGGAAACGCUCGCGACCUUUGUAACCCGCAGGCCAUCGACCGGCCCGACCGCGCUCGGCCCGACCGCCAUCACCUUCUACCCGCUCUCGAGCCAAAUCUCCGGUGAGACUUGCGACGCGGAUGGGACAACCUGGCUGCCGCACCCGGGCUCGGAGCCGGGAACCCUGGCGCUGGCCGAGGAGGCCUCCAUCGCUGAUGCUAUGUGCACCCAUGUCUUCAAGACCCCGAGCGACACGUGGAUCUCACCUGGUGUCGGCAACAUGCUGCCCCUAAUUGCGGUGCGGGUGGACAGGGUCUGGAUCGUGGAGGGCCGUGUAGCGAUUGAUGUUGUUGAUGUAGUAGCCCCGUAUCCAGUCGGGUCGCCCACCAAGGGGACGUUACCUCGUGAAUCUUUCACCGCGGUUAGAAUCAUGAUGCGGAGCCACACCUUCACACUGACGAGAGUAAUAGGUUACAUAUACACAGAUGCCUUCCUCCCGUCCACAGAUGCGGCCAAGGCAACCGACUUGGCACGCGCGCAUCACAGAGGGACAAACAAUCCCCACAACACCGGGAUGCAAGAAUCGCUUCAUCGCGACUCUGCUUGA